AUGGAAUCCAUCUCCCUGCAAAAUUCGGCCGUGGUGCUGAUCGAUCAACUGACCGAGCAACUUGACGACUCGCAUGGACUUGGCUUUAUGAGCCCCGCCGUUUAUGAUACGGCGUGGGUAUCUAUGGUCAAGAAGUCUGUGGAUGGGCAGACUGUGUGGUUGUUUCCCGGUUGCUUUGAAUAUAUCCUGUCAAACCAACUCGAGGAUGGGAGUUGGACUACAUACGCCUCCCAGAUCGAUGGGAUUCUGAAUACAGCCGCAUCCUUGCUGUCGUUGAAGCGCCACUUUAUCACGCCCCUUCAAAUCAGUACCAUCUCGCAGGAAAAUCUCGCGGGGCGCAUUGACCAGGCCACAAAAGCCUUGCAUGCGAUGCUCCACGCAUGGGAUGUCGACGCUACGCUGCAUGUUGGAUUCGAGAUUCUCGUCCCGGCACUGCUUGGUUAUCUAGAAGAUGAAAGCAUUGCUUUUUCCUUCCCCGGCCGCGAUCGGCUCUUUGAAGUCCGUGACCAGAAGCUAGCCCGGUUCAAGCCUCAGUUUCUCUAUAUGCCGGUCCAAACCACGGCCUUGCAUUCACUAGAGGCGUUCAUCGGAUUGAUUGAAUUUGACCGUGUUCUUCAUCACAAGGUCAAUGGCUCUUUUAUGGCAUCUCCCUCGUCCACAUCAGCUGUACUCAUGAAUGCGUCAGAAUGGGAUGACGAGUGUGAGGAAUACCUUCACCAUGUCAUCCAGUCUGCGUCCGGGAAAGGCUCUGGAGGUGUACCCAGUGCCUUCCCUUCCACCAUCUUCGAAAUUAAUUGGACACUUUCAACACUCAUCAAGAAUGGGUUUGAUCUGGAUCCAAACGUCCUACCAUCCAUCCAGAAAGCCCGCACAUACCUGCAUGACGCCCUUGUCACGGAUAAAGGAACGGUGGGCUUUACACCCUAUGUUUGCGCCGACGCAGAUGACACAGCCAAAGCCAUUCUUGUACUCCAGCUACUUCAACAGCAGGUAUCGCUGGAACCGAUGUUGCAAGCAUUUGAAGCAGAUCACCAUUUCAAGACCUACCCUCUUGAGCGCGACCCUAGCUUCUCGGCCAACUGUAACGUCUUACUGGCAUUGCUCCACACAGAAAAUGUCUCCCAGUAUGCACCCCAGAUCGAGAAGGCGACCCAGUUUCUGCACACCCACUUCCGGGAAUCAGACUUGAAAGUUCGCGAUAAAUGGAACCUGUCCCCCUUUUAUUCUUGGAUGCUCAUGACUGAAGCCAUCGCCCGCCUGCUCCUGUUAUUCCAAGGUUCCGAGUUACUGUCUUUGAAGGAGCUCUUCGAAGAGGACCUUACCUCUCUGCUACGGGAUAUGACGAUCUCAGUCCUGCACCAACAGAAUCAAACCGGUUCAUGGGGCUCUAAAGAUUCCAAGGAGGAAACGGCAUAUGCAUUACUCCUACUUACAUAUGCGGUUGAAUUUCAGUUCCCCGACGUACCUCGUCACCAGAUCCGAACUGCAAUCCACGACGGUUGCUCCUUCCUCCGCUUGGACACCAUAGUCGGCUCGGAACGUAUCUGGGUGGAGAAAGUCACAUACGAAUCGGAAAUGUUGUCGCAAGCCUACACAUUGGCUGCUCUGAAGAGGGCGGCGGAUUUGCCCCUAGAAGGACAUGAUAAACCGGAAAUUGUCCUCACGGACAUGGCGAAUGGAAAUCAUGCCGAGUCUAAUGGAGUCCCUGUCGAGUCUAAUGGAGUCCCUGUCGAGACCAAUGGAGUCCCUGUCGAGACCAAUGGAGUCCCUGUCGAGGCCAACGGACACUCUGUCGAGAUCAACGGACACUCUGUCGAGACCAACGGACACUCUGUCGAGACCAACGGACACUCUGUCGAGACCAACGGACACUCUGUCGCGACCAACGGACACUCUGUCGAGACCAACGGACACUCUGUCGAGACCAACGGAUACUCUGUCGAGUCAAAAGGACACCAUUCCGAGUCCAAUGGACAUCAUGCGGAGUCUAACGGAAUUGAAAGCAAUGGUACACGCGGGCUACCAAUCAACGGUUCCGAAUUGGCUGGUGUUACUACCAUUGGCACUGCAACCGAGAAUGCCAAAACACAGACGGCUCCCGCAGACCCAGAAACUCCCAGUAUCGAUAUUCUGGAUCACCCACAAAAUGGACAUCAACACACAGAGAGCACAGAGACCGUAUCGGCCGACACCAAACGUGCUUCGAGCCCUUCCUAUCUUCGCGAAUGGACAGAUGACCAGGAAAAAAUCCUAUUGGGACCGUUUGACUAUCUCGAAAGCUUACCGGGAAAGAAUGUGCGAUCGCAAUUCAUGCAGGCCUUUGACACCUGGCUCCAAGUCCCGACGGAGCACCUGGAUAUCGUCAAGAAGGUUAUUUCCAUGCUCCACACUGCAUCUCUCCUCGUCGACGAUAUCGAGGACAGUUCUCUCCUUCGACGAGGCCAGCCGGUGGCCCACAGCAUAUUUGGCACGGCGCAAACCUUUAAUUCUGGCAACUAUGUCUACUUCCUCGCAUUACGAGAGAUUCAGAAAUUGAACAGCCCACGCGCGAUUGAGAUCUACAUAGAUGCCUUGAUCCAUCUGCAUCGCGGUCAAGGCAUGGAUGUCUUCUGGCGUGACUCGCUGAUUUGUCCCACAGAAGAGGAUUAUCUGGACAUGGUUAGCAACAAAACCGGCGCGCUCUUCAGCCUGGCCAUCGAGCUGCUCCAGAUUGGCAGCCCCGUCCAAGUCGACUUGGUGCCACUAGUCCGACUCUUUGGCAUUAUCUUCCAGAUUUGCGACGAUUAUUUGAACCUGAAGUCGCCGAGCUAUUUGCAGAAGAAGGGCCUAUGUGAAGAUCUCACCGAGGGCAAAUUCUCUUUCCCCAUAAUCCACAGCAUUCGCUCCAACCCCGCCAAUCGGCAGCUGAUUAAUGUCCUGAAGCAGAAGCCUCGGGAUGAGGAUAUUAAACGAUAUGCGGUUGCCUACAUGGAGACUACCGGGACAUUUGAAUAUACCCGCAACUUUGUUGCCACCCUCAAGGCUGAAGCCUAUGAAAUGAUUGAUGAUUUAGAGAAGCAGGGACUGGGGGAGAACCUCGCUAUCCGAAAGCUCUUGGCUCGGCUUUCAGUGGAUGGAUGA